UCUUGAACAAGAAUAUUCUGAGUUACAAGCAACAACAAAGUGUCAAGCAGAAGAAAGUAGAAAGUGUCAGAAAAAACAAAAUAAAUUAAUUCAAGAAUUGAAAAUGCGUUUGGAGAAUGGGAAAGAGGAAAA